GGUUUCCGCUGGAGCCCUCGGGUACACGUAAGACGUUCAGGUAGCACAUGCUGCCAGCGCGGAUCCAGGUCUCAUUACCCAGCCAAGCCAAUUGAAUGCUGUGAAGCACACCUUCCAAAAUACGGAUUAAAGGAACCUCGGCUCUGAUAACAGCACACAAGCACAAGAUUUUGUUUGCUUUUGAUUUAAUAGCAUAUCUUUCUCUUUUAGUAACACUUGCGGUGAUGCAUGAAUAAACAGAAGCAAUCUAUUAAAAAAUGUCCGAUGCAACCAAAAUUCUCCCCGGGAGGAUACUGUGGAAGACCGUGCUGAAGUCUAGGUAGACUACCUCAGCAGCCUUUCCCUCAUCUACCCAUCCGGUCACACGGUCAUAGAAGGAGAUGACGUUGGGCAAGCACAACCUGCCUUUCACGAGCCCGUGCUGGCCGGGCCCGAUCCCCUGCAUGUCAUGCACGUGCCGUGUGAUCUGUACGGAGAUGAUUUGCUCCGUAACUUUCCCCGGUACCGAGGUCAGGGAAGAGACAGGAGAGAGGAGAGUGGAGCAGUGCAGCGGUGCGGCUGUGCUUGUGACAGCAGCAGACGCGUCACAGCGGGGGGGCGGGGCGUUGUCAGGAGGCUGUCAGAGUAGAGGCAGCGCUGCGGCACUUUGGCCUAGGCCUUCGAUAGCGCAACGUACGCUGGCCGCUGGCGGCAGCGACCAGCAAAGUUCCAGCAGCGAGGAGGAGGACGAGGAGGAGGACGAGGAAGAGGAAGAGGACAGUGACUUGGACGAGACACGCGACGUAGACAGAGUUUGGGCCGACAGCACCCAGUGGCCAGCACCACACGCGGCCAGCAAGUGCCAGCUGGUGGAGGAGCUGGUGGACGACCUUCUUCGUGCCUGCCGAGGAAAAACGUGCCACAGCUUCGUGCCCCGGCUGCAGCCGGCCAUCGGGGUGGCCUGCGUCUGUGAAGGAUGGAGUGCCCAGGAAGACAACGUCAUCUACCGCCUGCUCGUGCCCAUGAGAGCUCCCCCCGGGCACGCCUUCCGUGUGGAGCUGGGCAACCCAAAGGAGACACCAAAAAGCAAGAAGUCCUGUCUGCGUGUGGAGCUGGAGUGCAUGUGUGCGAGGGAGCGGCUGCUGGGGGACAUGCUCUGCUUUCUCCACCACACUCGGAGGGAGCUGAGAGAAAACCAGGAAGCCAGCCUCCUCAACACCUUGUGCAGGGCCUCCUAUCUGGACGUGCGGAAAACCACGCGCUGGUUCCAGAACCGGGUGAAAGCAGCCUGGAAUUGUCUGCCUCAGUCGCGUGACUGGGGCCUGGAGCUGGUGCCCUCCGACCACUCCUGCAAGAUCAAGCUGACCCCCCCCUCCAAGAGCACCUUCACCAUCGAGAUGACUCUUGGGGUGCAGCUUGAUGAGUCGGGCACGUUCCUGAGCUUUGACUAGGCUCAGGCUAUGCUUCUGUCUUCUUCUCUGUCUCUGUCUUCCCAAGUAUGUCCUUCUCUCUCUUAAAUAAAAUUAACAGUAGUAUUAAUCA